AUGGUCCGCCGGCGCAAUCCUCCGCGCCCAUCCUCGCCAUCGCCAGCUCCUGCCAAAGCGAACGUACAGCCGAAUAAAAUGACCCAGCGCGAUGCCGGAGAACAGCAGCCGCUGCUCCCCAGGAAGCCUGAGGAGAAGGCACCAAGUCCGGCGAGCCGCUGGAUCCUCUUAGCUAUUGCUAGUGGCGCAUGUGCAGCCUUCAACGGCAUGUUCGCGAAGCUUCGAGCUCGUGAUUCGAUGCCAUUCAACGGCGUCAUGUGGUCCCUGUACACGUCCGCUCUCGCCAAGGGCAACUCGACGACCCAGGUCUCCAUCAUGAACACAUCUACUAACUUUAUGGUCACGGCCAUCCUUGGCUUUGCUGUUUUCUCUGAGGCGCUUCCGCCUUUGUGGUGGGCUGGUGCGGCGCUGUUGGUGGCGGGUAAUGUUAUCCUUGGCCGGGCCGAAAACAACUCGUCGUCGGCAUCAGAUGGCAAGGGAGAAGAGCCCGAAGCUAGUGGGGAGGAUUCUACUGGUGGUAUCUUGUCCGGUGAUGGUGAUGGAGAGAGGUGA